AUGCUGCAUUACAAUUGGCACAAAGAUUAUUCUUUGUCUUUGAAAGCUUUGGGAGACUCAGCAGCAAAGUCUUUUUCCUUCAUCAGUCCUGCUUCUCCCAGCCCCCCCCAGCAGCAGCAGCAGCAGCAGCAGCAGCAGCAGCAGCAGCAGCAGCAGCAGCAGCAGCAGCAGCGGACGCCCGCAGCGGUGGCCGCAGCCGCGUCCUCUUCGCCCAUGUGCGACUCCCCCAAGGAGACGCCAGCAGCAGCAGCAGCAGCAGCAGCGGACAAGGAGCUGCAGCAGCAGCAGCGGCAGCAGCAGCAGCAGCAGCGGCAGGAGCUGCAGCAGGAGCUGCUCAAACUCCACGAGCGGCAGCAAAUGUGGCAGCAGCAGCAGCAGCAGCAGCAGCAAAAAGAUGCGCGAUCCCCCCUCAAAGAAACUCUCAAACAAUUCAUGCCUUACGAACUGGACUGCCCGCGCAUGGGGGUGCAGUGCUGGCUGGACAUCGCGGUGAUCUCCACAGAGUCUCUUUUGAUUUUAAAAUUUUAUUUUCUCGAAGGGGCGCUGCAGCCCCACCCCCCCUGCCCCCAAUGGGUCAAGGUCGCUGCUGCUGCUACUGCUGCUGCUGCUGCCGAGGAUGAUCAGGCGGCUGCUGCUGCUGCUUACGUCAAUGGUGAUAAGGCUGCUGCUUCUGCUGCUGCUGCUGCUGCUGCUGCUGCUGGUGACGCUUUUUUGUCUCUUUUUGUCCCCUUUUGUCUUUUUUUAAUUUCUUUUUUAUCUCCCGUUGCCUUUUUAAUUUCCUUUUAUUUCUUUUUUGCUUUUUUGUUUCUGUAA